AUGAGACAAGAGGGGGUUCCAGUGGAACCCACUGGAUUUGGUGCUAGAGAUACCCAGGGGACUGUGGGUCUUACAGAGUUUCAGGUUGGUCAGCAGUUUCAGGAUAAAGAGGAGGCUGUGUUAAGCCUGAAGACAUAUAGCAUCCGACGCGGGGUACAGUACAAAGUGGUGGAGUCCGAUUAUCGCCAGUACGUAGGGAAGUGUUAUGAGUUUGGGAACGGGUGCACAUGGUUGAUUAGGCUAAGUCUCUGGAAGCGCAAGGGUAUUUGGGAGGUAAAACGAUACAACGGACCUCAUACUUGUCUCGCGACGUCGAUAUCGAGCGAUCACAGGAGUCUUGAUUAUCAUGUGAUCUCGGCUUUCAUCAUGCCAAUGGUUAGAGCUGAUGCAUCCGUGUGCAUCAAGAUACUGUUGAAUGCGACAGAGGCACACUUUGGGUUCAGGUCGACUUAUAGGAGGGUCUGGUUGGCCAAGCAGAAGGCUGUCGCCUAUAUUUACGGAGAUUGGGAUGAGUCAUACAACGAUCUGCCGCGGUGGGUCUUGGGAGUGCAACUGACGAUGCAUGGUAGUGUUGCAGUGCUGAGGACGAGUUUUAUUCUAGCGGGGAGUAGGUGGACGGUUCGCAAGCCUAUUUUCACCGGCUUUUCUGGACAUUCCCACCAUGUAUUGAGGCAUUUCGGCAUUGUAAGCUGUUGGCGAGUAUUGAUGGGACCCACUUGUACGGUAAAUAUGGGGCACGUGACCCUACAACCGGGUAUCUUGGUGAUAUCAGAUAAGCACAACGGUAUCAAGGUUGCACUUGAGGCUGCCGACGGAGGAUGGCUACCACUUGCUGUAUACCGUGCAUUCUAUAUUCGACUUGUGGCCGCAAAUUUUGCCCUCACAUUCAAGGGUAAGGAUGCAAGGAGACUUCUUGUGAAUGCAGCGUAUGCCAAGACUGAGGUAGAAUUCGAUUACUGGUUUGAUAUUCUGCGGUCUGAAGACCCUGCCAUGUGUGACUGGGAAAACAGGAUUGACUAUUCGUUGUGGACUCAGCAUCGGGAUGAGGGUAGGAGAUUCAGACACAUGACGAUAAACAUCUCCGAGUGUGUUAAUUCCAUCUUGAAGGGAGUCAGGAACCUUCCAGUAUGCUCUCUAGUGAAGGCCACUUAUGGGAAGGUUGGCAGAGCUAUUCGUUCAAAGCACAUGAUCCGCUCGGCUCUCCCAAUGAAGGUGCCAGAACUGCAAGCUGUACGGGAACCAAUGAUCACCACCUCUGCCAUCCUUGGACAUCAAAAAGUCGAUGUCCACGGCGGGCUGGGGUGGGGGAUGUACUCCACCAAAUUGUGGUAG